CUUAAACUAGUAUUCCCUAUAGUAUAUACGAUGUCUUAUUCCGACGAGAAACUCAUGGAGGACGUGACCGAGUCCGAGUCCGGAUAUAUCGAAGUCUACAUCCGUUUUAACAAGGAUUUUGAAAAAGAUUAUUGUUUCCAACUUAAGACCAGUGAAACUUUCAAAGAUCUUAAUAAGAUCUUUACCAGUUUACCAAUUGCUCUUAGACCUAACCUUUUCUGUGCAUCUGUACCUAUUGGAUACGAGAUCUCAACAUCUCCUGGUUAUCUUACUGAAGAUGGUUCUCUCCUCUUUGAUUAUGAUACUGAAACUCCAAGAUAUGUCAAGAGUGUCUCUCUUAGUGAUAAAGUAGCUGAUAAAGUUUGGCCUGGUCAAUUAAUCUUACCUAAAUGGGAAACCAAUUACUUCAACUUGUACUCUGUUGUUGCUGCCUUACUUGUAUGGCUUUAUACUGACUUACCAGAUUUCAUUUCUCCAACCCCAGGAAUUUGUAUGACCAACCAAGUUAGUAGAUACGCUGCUAAAUUAGCUUUACAUUUCGGUCAAGAUAAACUUGCUAGUGCCUUACUUAGUGAAAUCAUUGAACCAGUUUCAAUUACUGCUCAAUGUGUAUUCUUUGUCUGUCAUAUUUUGAAGCUUGUAUUUAUCUUUUUAGUUUUAUGGUCUGGAGCCUUUAACCCAAUUUCAAUGCGUAUUCCAUUUAUUUCAGCCCCAGUGAAGGAUAUCAAGGAAGUCACCAAGGAAGAUUUGAUGGCCUUAGGAUGGACUGGAUCUAAGAGAGCUAGUCCUGAAGAAUAUAAGGAUUUCUACAGAGAUUAUAAGAUUAAGGAACAUGGAGGAUUGGUCGAAGCCCACAAGGCUGGUGUUUUCGAAACUUUACAAAGACUUGGUGUAUUUUUGGGAGAUGGUGAAGGUUUCAAUACCCCACUUGAUAACAAGACUACCAUGAAGGGUUUAUUAGAAGAAGAUAAUGAGAAAUUUACCAUGAAUUAUGAAUAUCUUGCCCAUUUAGGACAAUUCUUUGAACUGUAUUGUGAGGGAGAAAACAUCAGAAUUAAUGAUUUAAUCAAACAAUUCAGAAGAUAUGGUGUUUUACAUUCAUCUGCCACAAUCAGAAAGAUUGUUGAUCAAAGAAAGGCACUUGGUGAUGCUAAAAUUUAAAGUAGAGGAGAAUUCGAAUGAGAAAGAGAAAUGUGAACAAGAAAUAUCCUGAGGUUUUUAUAUAUAUAUACAUUCACAAUUGGAAAUAGAAAAUAUUUCAAUACCAAAGGGGGAAAAAAAAAGACUUUUAAAAUAACAAAUAAUAACGCCCAUUGAAAUUUCUUUAUGAAUGAAAACGAAAAAAGGAGAUCUUUAUAAUA